GAAGUUAUGUACUUUGGUAUUUCUUUACUUGUUGCUCGGCUGUAAUGUAAAUGUAACAGUAGGAGGAGCAACAGGCGGUUCCCUGUUUCCAUAACAAUCGCUCCCACCUCCGGCUGGUGACGUAACCGAGCCUGCACUGUUUUUAUUCUGUGGUUUCUGAGCCGUAGCUGCUAACUAAAACUGAGCCUGGUGUUUCAACAUGCUUUGACUUUACAGCUGUCAGAAGGAAGCUAGCUGUGCGGCACGUAAACAGCGGAAGGUCGUUUUUCGUCAAGCUAGGAAGGCUAGCUGGUAAGCUAAGGAGCUAAUAAGAGCAGAAUGACAGUCUGACAAGUUCAGAGAACAGAGAUGGCGGUGUGCGCACUGACCAUGUUGGAGGGGGUGGAGGAGGAGGUGGUGGCCGCGGGCGGCGCGCUGCUCCUCGCCCUGGCCCUCAUCUUAGCCUGGCUUUCGACUCACGUCGCAGAUCGGGGAGACCACAUCCUGGGCACCAUCCUCACCGUGGGCGCUCAUGCCUCACUAAUAGGACUGGGAGCCCACGAUAACUACAGCGGGGGGCCCAACGGCGCCGACGUCCCCGAGCAGCAGGCCGCCCAACCUGCACAGGAGAACAAGCCGGACGACGGGGAGCCUGCGAACGAGAGGGGAGAGGGCGACGCGGAGGCAGCCGAGGACGUCUGGACGGACCUGCGGCUGGACAUACGGAGCAAACAGCCCCAGGCCGGAGCGCCGCACUCCUCUGACGGAGAGGAGGACGACGCUGACGAGAAUGACGAUGAGGACGAGGAGUUAAAAGGGGCAGACAGACAUCCGGUGAAGGCCGUUCUGAGUCUGAGAACCACCGUCCCGUGUGCUUCCACCACCACUUCCAUCUCCAUCCGGCUCAAGUUUUUAAACGACACAGAGGAGGUUGCCGUUGUAGAACCAGAAGAUACCGUGGGAAUACUGAAAAGCAAAUGUUUUUCAGGACGUGAGCAUCAGGUGAAACUAAUCUACAGAGGCCAGUUGCUGCAGGAUCCCAAGAGGACACUGUUCUCCUUAAACAUCACCGACAACAGCGUGAUCCACUGCCACAUCUCCCAGGCUGUGCAAGGACCGAACCCGGAGGAAGGGUCGCAGCCCGGGGCGGGGGCCGGCCCCGGGGCGUCUGGAGGAUUCAGGUCGGCCAGCGUGGCCAUCAGCACCAGCAGCCUGGUGGUGCCCGUGUUCGUGGUGAUCCUGGCUGUGGUCUGGUACUUCCGCAUCAACUACAGGCAGUUCUUCACGGCCCCAGCGACCAUCUCUUUGGUGGGAGUCACUGUGUUUUUUAGCUUUCUGAUAUUCGGAAUGCACAGCCGCUGAGAAGUCAAGACGUGGCUCGAGGCUACAGCACAUUACGAAGUGCGGGAAACAAAAAAAUAACUGCAGCAAAGAGAUGGACUAAAUAAAAAACGGAGGCUUGAGUACAAAAAAAAAGGCUGCAGCUGGUUAAAUGUGCAUGCGUUUGGCGGGGGGCAAAGUGAGCCUGUUUGAGCACAUACCAAGAAAAA